UCUGUGACUGAGACCAUCCUGCAGAGAGGCAGAUGAUAACAGCAUCAGCUGCUGGUUAUCAGCCUGCUCACAUUUUCAAUGAACUGCUCACAAAGAAGCCCCUGAUCGUGCCCGCUGCUGCUCGCAGGGCAGAGAUACUGAUCAGUGUCUUCUGUUUUCUUACAUUAUUUUAGUUGGGGUGUUUUAAGAGGUGAAGCUUAUCCUCCAUCACCAUGGUGCUAGGAAAGGUGAAGAGCUUCACCGUGAGCUACGACUGUUUCAAUGACAGCAACGUCCCCGUGUUCUCCAGCGGGGACUGCGUCUCAGGGAGGGUGGUCGUCGAAGUCACCGGGGAGAUCCGCGUGAAAUCUCUCAAAAUCCACGCGAAGGGAUUCGCAAAAGUUCGUUGGACCGAGUCGAGGAACGCUGGCUCCAACACUGCCUACACCCAGAACUACACGGAGGAAGUGGAGUACCUGAACCACAAAGAUAUUUUAAUCGGACACGAACGAGACGAUGACAAUUCAGAGGAAGGACUCACCACGAUUCCUGCAGGGAGACACGAGUAUGCAUUUAGCUUCGAGCUUCCACAGACACCUCUGGCUACCUCUUUUGAAGGAAAGCACGGCAGCGUGCGCUACUGGGUAAAGGCAGAGCUCCACAGGCCAUGGCUUCUGCCCAUGAAAACCAAGAAGGAAUUUACAGUCUUUGAGCACAUUGACAUCAACACUCCAUUAUUGUUGUCACCACAGGCUGGCACAACAGACAAGACGCUUUGCUGUUGGUUCUGCACCUCAGGUCCUAUUUCCCUAAGUGCCAAAAUCGAAAGGAAGGGAUACACCCCAGGAGAGUCCAUCCAGAUUUUUGCUGAGAUUGAGAACUGCUCCUCCCGCAUGGUGGUGCCAAAGGCGGCCAUCUACCAGACACAGACCUUCUGUGCCAAAGGGAAGAUCAAGGAGGUCAAGCAGCUGGUGGCCAACCUGCGGGGGGAGUCCCUGUCCUCCGGCAAGACGGAGACCUGGAACGGCAAAAUGCUGAAGAUCCCACCUGUGUCCCCCUCCAUCCUGGACUGCAGCAUCAUCAGAGUAGAGUACUCUCUCAUGGUAUACGUAGACAUACCAGGGGCGAUAAACUUGUCCCUGAACUUGCCCCUUGUCAUCGGAACCAUCCCCCUCCACCCAUUCGGUUCCCGCACCUCAAGCGUCAGCAGCCAGUGCAGCAUGAGCUGGCUGGGCAUGGGUCUGCCAGAAAGACCUGAAGCUCCUCCAAGCUAUGCAGAAAUCGUGACUGAAGAGCAGAGACAGAACCGCCUGGACGUCCCUGCAGUCAGAGAGGAGCUGGAGGGUCCACUCUUCGCCUACAUUCACGAGUUCCGCUUCCAGCCCCCUCCUCUGUAUUCUGAGAUCGAUCCUAACCCCAAUCACGCCAGCCGUACAGAGGCUCACAGGCUCGACUCUUGUCCAUCACGCUGAGGUUACCCCUAAAGCAGCCCCGACUGAUGUGGGGCGCCUCAAGGAACCUGCUUGCAAGUCUACGCUUUAAACAUUUUGUCAGUUCAAAGCAUUGACUCGGUGCUGUUGACAUCAUGAGAAAAGCCCAACAUCCAGCCAACAAAGACACAUCUACUCUUUCCUUCCUCCAGUAAGAGAAACGGGAGUCUGUAGUUCGCUAUCUUCCUGUGUCGGCCUUCUGAGGAGUAAGUCUGUAUGGGGGAAGCAGGAGGGCACUCCCCACCCCCACUCUAGCAGCAGCAGCAGCCUCGGUGACGGUGUGACUGGUGGAGAAAGGUUCGCCGGGGCUCAGCCUGUCAAACUCCUCAUGAUUCUUCUGAACUUGUGGCACAUUGGGGACAUAUCUCCUGGCCAAAACAUAAAGGCAGGACUAGUCAUGUCCAAUAUUCAGCAGAAUCACUUCAAAUGGAACGAAGAGAGAAAAGUAACAAUGUUGUAACCAUUGUAGUCUGUGUGGACGGAAGCUUUUAGCAGCAGUUAACAGAGCAAAGACUAGGUCCUUCUGCCUCACGUGGGAUUUUGUUUUGCACAUUUGUCUUCUUUACUUGAGUUGCGUGGCUCUGUUUAACAGUUUGUUCUAAGUCACACACUUUUUUUUUUUGCAAAGCACCAGACUGCAAAUAUAGACCACAGGCUUUACUUUCAACACUUCUCAUUUGUAUAAUCUUGGAGCAAAGAUGAGAAAAGGAUUUGAUAAAAAAAAGACUGAAAAGAAAGACAUGCACUGAAUUUGUUUGAAUCUGUUUUUUUUUUUGUUUUGUUUGUUGUUUGUUUUGUUCCUAUGUUGUCAGUACACACUUUCAAAAAUGCUGACCUGGAGUUUUACUACAAGUGCUGCACACACCCCAUCUCCAUGUGGAAGCUCUUUAGGCGUUGUUGCCUCCUAAGCUUGGAUCAAAGUGUCGCCUCCCUCUUGUGUUGUGUAGUUCGCUUAUUUUGUUCCAGUUGUACAACAGCUUUUAGUUGAUGUUUUGAGCUUGUGUAACUGCCCCAAAAGCACUGUCUCAGGUGGUUUUCUCACUUGCCAAGCGGUUGAAAAUGUGGAUUUUUUUAUUUUUUUUUAUUGCACUGUUCAAAGUAAAAAAAAAUUAAGUACCACAAUGAGAAAACAAAAUUGCAGGUAAGCAGGGCAGCUUUUUGAGAUGAAUCACAUUCCCUUUUUGUCCUACUGCACUUGCCUUCUGCAUCCAACCUUUAAGCAGAUUUACCAGACCAGUGAAACCACAUUGCUAGUUAUAAUAAAAAGAUUAGAAAAGCAAACUCAGCACAAAUAAACCGCUGGGGACUUUGUCAAACCUCUUGUUUAGGCUGGUCAAACUAGUAGUAAUAGUAGUAGGUUGAAAUGAGUAAUACAUUGGUUUUCUAACUCAUUUAGUACAAAAGAUCACCUCUAACAGAAUUUUGACAAGGUCAAGGGUUAAAUUUAAAUGCAGCUUUUAAAAAGAAAGAAAAAAAUGGUUGUGGUGAAGGUCUGAGGCAAAAUAUGUAGGUACUAACCAUGUCAGUUUUUUUUUUUUUAGUAAAGCAGAUUGUGUAGGACGUUAACGCAUUAAGUCAUUUUUGUUAUUACUAGUAAUGUUAAGUUUACAUUUAUGGCUACCACAAGUUGUGUGCACGCUCUUAUCAGGAUCCAGCUUCUAACAGUAAAUCCACAAACAGCAGUGAAGUUAAAGUGAUCUUAUCGUCGUGGCCUUGAUGCAGAAAAGACCUGAUCAUAACUAUUUUUCAGCGUCCGUGUUUAACUCGUUCUCGUUCGUGUUUGAAACUUGUAUUUUUUAAUUUUUUUUUUACCUGUUUUAUUCAAAAG